AUGACCAAUUUUGAUAGCCUUUUUCGUCGUCUUAUUUUAUCUCAAUCAUUUAUACGUGGUUGGGGUAAUCCAUUACAUUUACAAGAACUUUGUGCAUCUCGUCGUGAGAAAGUUGCAAUAAGAAAUGAAUGUUUAAAACUUGUACCAGCUGAGAGUAUACAACAAAAUACUGUUGAAAUUGUUAAACAUGAAAUAAAAGGUGAUCGACAAUAUAUUGAUGCAAAAUUUCGUUCUCCACUUGCUAAUCAUAUGCCACAUGUGGUUCCAACUGAAGUCGCUACAGCUCAUUUUCAACUUGUUUUACCACAUGAUCAUCGUUUUGGUAGUGAUGCAAUUCCAAUAGGUAUCUGUUAUGCUGGAACGGGUGAUCAAGGUUUUAAUCGGCGAAGACUUCUGACAGCACAUCCACUUUUAAAACAUUAUCGUAUUGGUUCAAUUAUUCUUGAAAAUCCUUAUUAUGGUUUAAGAAGACCACAGCAUCAAGCACGUUCAUCACUCUUUUAUGUUACAGAUUUAUUAGUUAUGGGUGGUGCACUUAUCUUAGAAACACUUGCAUUACUUCAUUGGUGUGAAAAAAUGAAAUUAACACCAACACUUCUACAUGGCUUUUCUCUAGGUGGACAUAUGGCUUCAUUAGCAUUUACUAAUUGGCCUGGUCCACUUUCUCUUUUAUCAUGUGCUUCUUGGUCAACAAGUUCAACAGCUUUCUGUGAUGGUGUACUUUCACGUACAAUUCCAUGGGAUCUUUUAAAAAAACAAUUCUAUGAAAAUAAAGCAUAUCAAGGAUUUUAUGAAUAUAUACGCGAAGGAAAACAAUCAAGUAGUUCAAGUUUAAGUGCUAUUGAUCCUGUUAAAGAUAUGAUGCGUCUUCUAAUGGAUGAGUUUACAUCAUUAGAAAAUUAUUCUCGUCCUGUUCAAUCAAAUAUACCUAAUGCAAUGUUCAUUGUUUGUAAAAAUGAUGGAUAUGUAUUACGUCAUGGUACACCUGAUAUGAAUGAUUUAUGGCCUGGUUGUCUUGUUCGAUAUAUUUCUUAUGGACAUAUUAGUGGAUUUUUGUUUAGUCAAUCAGUUUUUCACCAUGCUGCUGCAGAAAUGUUACAACGACAACAACCAGAUGUUAAACUAAAAAAAAAUCCAAUAAUUUCACCUAUAACUAUAACUACGUCUACUAAUACAUGA